UCAUUUCUACUCGCCAAAAGCAUAUCGGUAUAUUCGCGAAACGUGGAGGAAUAUGCUACCACACCCUUCAACGCUUCGCAAAUGGUAUCAAAAUAUUAAUGGCUCUCCGGGAUUCACACAACAAGCACUGGAUGCUAUCGCUCUGCGCGCGAAAGGACCAAAGCCAGUAAUAGUAAAUCUCGUAUUUGAUGAGAUGGCUAUUAGAGAGCAAAAAAUAUACAACCGGAAAGGCUUUGAAGGAUGUGUAGACUUAGGUACGAUGGACUGCCAUACAGAGUGUGGCUCGGCUGCUGUGGCGAAUAACGCGCUUGUAAUAUAGGCAGUCUCCUUAAACAAGCAUUGGAAAGUUCCAAUCGGCUAUUUUUUGAUCCGGUCACUACGUGGUGAAGAACGUGCUAAUUUGCUGAAGGAAUCUUUAUAUAUGUUAAACAGCGUUGGUGCGAAUGUUUACUCAAUUACAUUUGACGGUGCAACCACAAAUUUAUCUAUGUGUAAAUGCUUAGGAGUAAACUUCAACUACGGUCCAUCAUUUAAACCAUAUUUUGUUAAUCCAGCAACUAAAGAAUUGUGCUACAUUUUCAUUGACUUCUGUCAUAUGAUAAAGUUGGUGAGAAAUUGUUUUGGUGAUAUGCAAUUACUAAAAACCAAUUCGAAUGAAACUAUACGUUGGCAAUAUUUGUCUGACUUAUAUGCACUACAGGUCGGCAAAAAAUCCUCCGGCUGAACCCUCCACGAGGGUGCUGACUGGUAAUGGGCACUACAGAGGAUUCUGUGCGAUGUCAGAAUGGUGCUCAGCUAAGAUCAGGAAUCAGUGCUAUGUGCUAAACUCCUUAAUAGCGUAGUCAUAUGGAAAUGGUUUCUGAUCGUGGCUUGGAGGUCUGAAGGGGCUGGAUCAAGGCGUCACGCGCACCGUACCGAGGAUCGGCCAGGCUGGGGGCCCCUAAAUAGCCCAGUCGCGAACGGAGCCCUCUGGGAGGCGGCCACACCCAGGAUGUAAGUAGGCCUUACCUGGGCAUCGCGGAUCUCUGCCCGGGUGGACGAACCCCUUUCUCCGCAGCCCGUGGGAUCUAUUAUGGAAAAGAAACAAUUAACAACAACAACAACAAAAACAGCAACAACAACAUCAAAAACAAUGUUUAAAGGGACCGGCCCCCUUAAAGCGUCGGAAGGGUCUCGGCCCACUAAACAAGGAGCUCAAGCGAUGCAGAGUACCUCCACCAGCCGUAGUGCGGUGACAAAUAGCGGGAAACCAAGGCCAAUGGUGAAACCGGGCCAAGCUCUCGCAAAAACGAUGGAAAGUGGCGGUGGGGCUGCUCAAAGGAGUCCACCCCGGGAAACUCCUGGCACCAGUGGACGCCAACCUGGCAUGCAGAUUGCAGCCGGGGAUAAGGCUGAAUCUGGGGCGCAGGCCCCGGGCGGUCCUCCCGCGACACCCACGGCCUUCACGAGGCCUGACCAGAGGCCAGAACCAGCUGCAGCGGGCUAUCGGCAGAGGAAGCUAGCUGCUCGAAUCCUGCAAAGGUUCACCGCAACGCCUGACCUGUGUAGCAAGGCGAAAGAAGAGCAUGUGAAGGAGAUCCUCACAGAAAUCGACUGGGCAAAGGCAGUCCUGCCCGACUACCGCAAGCCGGAGGAGAAGCAGCCGCAGGCGCCCUCCAGUAAGCGCAAUAGAUCGGGGGAAAAUACGCCCAACCAAUACGCAAAGAGGGUCAGAACGCAGGGGCCUUCUUUUGCUGAAGUAGCCAAGGAGCAGAUCCUGCUCGGCGUCAUCGAUGAGAGCAAUGAAGACAGCCUCACCCUGAGGCAGCAAUGGAAGUGGGUUAAGGCCGCGAUGGCCGACAUUGCUAUCAACAUUAUGUUGGAGAAUCCGGGACCUCCGCCAACCUGCAAGGGAGCGGGGUGGUUCCAAAAUAACAUCCGCGUUAUAGCAUGCGAGGAUGCCAGAUCAGCGGAGAUCUACAAGAAAACAGUUGCAGGUAUUGGAGAAGUCUACCCUGGUGCGAAGCUCAGGGCGGUCGACUUCAAGGACCUACCGGUGCGACCGAGAGCGAGAGCAUGGUUGCCUUGCAAGCCAGCGGAGCCAGAAAGGAUCCUCCAAACCAUAAGGCUCUAUAAUCCGGAGCUACCUACCGAUAGUUGGAAGGUGGUCAAAAUCAACGAAAGCGGUAAAGCGACGAUGCAGGUUGUCCUGCUUCUAAAUAAGGACUCCAUAGAGUUGUUGGAGCAAAAGAGCGGGGUCAUACGUUACGGCUGUGACAUGGCCAAAAUUAAGGUCUACAGCAACGACGUAAACGCAGCGAGGAACCUGAUCGCGGAGGUAGAGCCGGAAGAGGCCAACAGCGACGUGGAGAUGGAGGAAGAAUCCGAGCAGGUUGAUCCGAUGGACGACCUGACCGGGGGUUAUGCCUCAUCGACGUCUUCGCUGGGGGUCGGACGCAUGCUUCGGCUUUAUACGGAGGAGGAGUUGAUCGAGAUGUCGGAAGACGCGGUCAACUCCACCCUAAUAGGCGACGUGGGCGAUAACGGCCAAGAUGGUGAAGGUACUGCAGAUUAACCUUCACCACUGUAAAGCAGCUUCAGCUGCACUGCUGCUCCGUCUAACAGCUAAAGGGGCAGCCGACAUCGUCCUAAUCCAAGAACCUUGGGUGGUGGGACAAAACAUUUGUGGGCUGAAAGCGCCGGGCUACAGACUGCGACGAGGACACAACAGCGGUCAGUCUAAGUGCAAACGGACGACCAAUUAGGAUGGCAUCCAUGUACCUAGCGCAUGACAAGGAGGUGCCAACUACCUGCAUUAAAGACCUAGUGGCCAGCACGAGAGAGGCGCUAAUUUUGGGAGGUGACGCGAAUGCCCACCAUCACACCUGGGGCAGCUCCGAUGAUAACGAACGGGGUGAGUCACUUUUUGAUUUCAUACUUAGUUCUAAGCUUGUUAUUGCGAAUAGGGGGAAUGAUCCCACUUUUAUUACAAAAUCCCGAAGGGAAGUUCUGGACGUUACCCUUAUCUCUGCGAAUGCGGAAUGUCUGGUCGGGAAGUG